CCCGCUUAUCGGCCGUCAGCACAUCUUCGAGUGUUGACAAUCUGGCUCUCAUCUUUCUACACAACCGGGCAAAUUUUUUGCGUUUUACGCAACCAGGACUGCAGCAGGUGAACGCCCCUAUCCUACGCAAUCCAAUCAUUGCAGCUACUACUACCAAGUCGGACUGCUAUAGCAGUACCAACCGCCAAAAUGAAUAGACACAUGCGCCUCUCCUCUUCGAACUCCACUCCCUCCAUAAGCCGCACCUCCUCCCCGGAUCCCCGGGCCAUGGCCGUCUCGGUCGCCUACAACCAAAAGACACUCCACCUGCCGCGCAUUCUCUGCCUCCACGGCGGCGGUACCAACGCGCGCAUCUUCCGCGCCCAAUGUCGUGUCCUCUCGCGCCAACUAGAGCCCUACUUUCGGCUUGUUUACGUGGAAGCGCCUUUCGACUCCCAGCCUGGCCCGGAUGUAGUCUCCGUCUACGCCGACUAUGGACCCUUCAAGCGCUGGCUGCGCUGGCUUCCUGACCAUGCCGAGCUCGAGGAUCGUGCUGCGGUGAAGGAUAUUAACAAUUCUAUUCAGGCUGCCAUGGACGAGGAUGACGAUAUUGGCGCAACGGGGGAGUGGGUUGGGCUUCUGGGUUUCAGUCAAGGGGCCAAGCUGGCGGCGAGUUUGCUGUUUCGGCAGCAGAAGAGGGUCGAGAAGUUGGGGGCCAAACAGGCGGGUUCUACGUGGAAAUUUGCGGUGCUGCUGGCGGGGAGAGCGCCGUUGGUGAGCCUCGACCCGGAUGUGUUCAAGUCGACUAUGUUGAGCGAUCCGUCGCAGACAGGGUUGGCGGGGCCGCCGGAUUUGAUGGAGGCUAUGAGUGACGGUCACAUUUUGAAGCUGCCUACGAUUCACGUUCACGGAUUGCAAGAUCCGGGGUUGCAUCUGCAUAGGGAGCUUUUGGAGGAUUAUUGCAGUCUCGAGAGUGUGACCGUGCUGGAGUGGGAUGGGGCGCAUAGGGUGCCGUUGAAAGGGGUUGAUGUCAAUCCUUUGGUGGACAGCAUUGUGGAAGUUGCCAAACGAACUGGGGCUUUGGAAAAUUAGAUUGGUGGGUGUCAAAACUGGACUACUUCUUGCUGGGCUUGUUUUAGUAUUCAGCUAGAACGGGCGGGACCUUUGUUCAUUUGCAGAUAGAGUGCACCUGUGCAGCUUCAUUUAUAGAAUUGAUUGAAAUCCGUUUGCCAAUACCAUCUACGAUAGUCCUGCC